AUGCAGUACAUCCGCACCACCUCUCCCGCUGUCGAAUCAACUCGAUACCGUCCCUACAGCACCCGUGGCAGCGAGAAGAGGGGAAGGUCUAAGAAGGAUCCCAGGCCCCAACUUCGAUACAGGGUGCUUGUAAAGGGUGCAGGAGACGAAAUAGACAAGGCUAUGAGGCUUACAGAAGGAGAAAUGAAGUUCUUGAGCAACAAGAAGGAGAAAUUAGAGGAGUAUUGGGCAGGGCAUUCGAUUUCUGCCCCCUUUUUGCUGUCUCUCCUGGCUGCCAGGGGUCCAGAAUCGAACAAGGGGGUGUGGAAUCAGUUGCCAGGGGAUCAGGGAGCUGCUUUGGAGCUGCUGGAAUCGAAGCAGAUGGCGGAUGAAUGGGUCCCUGGGAUGCAGGGACUGGAAGCGGUGAUUACUACGGCUCAGGACGACGGAAACCGGAGAUCUCUUUCGCAGACAGGUCAAUCUGUUGAAAAAGCUCGGAAGGACGCAAGAAUCGACCCGCUAGCACCUCUGGUUCACCAGAUAUCAACAAAUCUUUCUUCCCAUUCACCAACUCCCCCUUUAUCUCCCUACAGUCAGGAAUACAGCAGGAUCUAUAUGCCACUUCGGAACAGGCGUAGCUUGACAACCGCUGGAGCUAACGUCGUAAAACAAGACUCUACACGAGUUUCUUCAAGAGAAACUCUGACCCGCAAAAGAAUCACGGCUCUAUCGCCAUUUUCACACCGGCUAUUUGAACUUGGUCAACUGCAAAUUCGACACCCAGGAUUCUUUCAAAACAGCCAUCACAACGCAACCGCUGGUCCGAGCCAUACGAAACCGGUGUCGGACAGCCUGAUUCAAAUCCCCCCAUCACCUCGCAAAAGAAUUACCUCGCUAGCACCUCCCAGUCCCGAGCAAUCCAACAUUUCUCAUUUCGACUGGUACUCCUUCAUCAAUGAUGAUAACUCAGAAAUUCAACAUGGAGAAAGACGGGCAAUGAAAGAAACUCCGAACGACACCUUUGAUAACGCGGCACCACAAGCGGUUCGCGCGCAACAGCCGGUUCAAAUGCGUCGCUCUACUCCUGCUUAUCUUUGGAUUGAGUUGUAA